UGACUCUAAAGAGUGACUAGUGGAAAGUUUUGCUAGAAAGUGAAUAUAUGACGCGCACACACCGCAAAACUUGUAUAUAUUACCGCUAACAAAAGAAGACAACAGUGAGCAAUUGAGCAGAGCGUGCUUCUCCUUCAUCCAUUCUCUUUCUUUUACUAUGGCUGAAAAUAGUGGAAAAGGGAUCGGAAGAAACUCAGGAACCUCUCGUGUUGCGCUUAAUGAAAGAAUUCUCUCCUCCAUGUCUCGAAGAUCUAUUGCUGCUCACCCGUGGCAUGACCUAGAGAUUGGACCAGGUGCACCCUCAAUUUUCAACUGUGUGGUUGAAAUAGGCAAAGGCAGCAAAGUCAAGUAUGAGCUUGACAAAGCAAGUGGCCUUAUAAAGGUUGACCGAAUACUGUACUCAUCAGUUGUUUAUCCACACAACUAUGGUUUCAUCCCAAGGACCCUUUGUGAAGACAGUGAUCCAAUGGAUGUCCUAGUACUGAUGCAGGAACCUGUGUUACCAAGUACCUUUCUUCGUGCUCGUGCAAUUGGAUUGAUGCCUAUGAUUGAUCAGGGUGAGAAAGAUGACAAAAUAAUAGCUGUGUGCGCAGAUGAUCCCGAGUUUCGCCACUAUACAGACAUCAAGGAGCUUCCUCCUCAUCGUCUUGCUGAAAUCCGUCGUUUUUUUGAAGACUAUAAAAAGAAUGAGAACAAGUCAGUUGCCGUUGAGGACUUUCUUCCUGCUGAGGCAGCUGUUGAUGCCAUCAAGUAUUCCAUGGACCUGUAUGCUUCUUACAUAGUGGAAAGUUUGAGGCAGUGACCUUGUUGAGGACAUGCUGUUGUCACUACUGAAAAUCUAAGUAGAAAAGCCUGUUGACAUGUUGACGAUGGCUUUCCGAACUUCAUGUGCUUACUUUAGUUUAGUGUGGUAUUAUCGAAUAUUUGAAAUAUAUGUAGAACUUCUAAUUUUCAUGAAUUCAGAAAAGAUAUGGAAAAGAAGCAUCAAGAGAAAACCACUGGUGAUGUGCAGUGGUGGUGCUGUAGUAAGAAUGCUUGCCCUACAUCUGAAAAAGCUUACAAUAUAUUGGACAUGUUAGCUAUUUUGUUUUGA